CAGCGCCUGCGCAGAUCAGCGGCUUCUCUCGCGAGGACGGGCGCCAUUAUCGCAUCUCCCCGACAAACACCACGAGAAUUCCGCAGCCCACACGCGACCCAGUGAGCUACUGUCCUGUUUUAUGGAUGAGGUGACAGAUCCAGAGGUUAAGUGACUUGCCUACGACACACAGAGCCAAGGUGGAAAAUCAUCAAAUAACUUGAAGCAAAGGUUAACCUUUCUGAAUUAGAAGUGGGUUUGGAUAAACUGGCAGUGAAAACAUGGUAUGUGUGCUGCUGGCAUUGCCUGAUUGGUGUGAACUACAUGUCCCCUGAAUAUGGCCUGGGACACAGGCAUCUUAAUCUUACUAUAUGGAGCAGGGAAGAACUCAAGCUGCAGUUCCUGCUGUCACCAUGCAGUGCAGCCCUGCAAUUCCGUUGCCUCAAGAGGCAGUUUCAAGAUUCUGUAGAUGCUGCGGACAUCAUUAAACACGAGGGCAGAGGCCAACAAACAUUUUCUGUUACAGGGUGCUCUGGAGCAGUUGCUGAGGAUGAAGGUGGAAGAAACUCCCAGUGUUCAGCACAGGCACCAGGUUCAGAGAAUAUUACUGGAUAUAACUGAGGUGACAGAAUCCUAGCCCUGUGUGAGUUUGAUUCUUGCUUGUUGACUGGCCCCUCUUCUCUCCUUCUGGAUGAUGUCAGAACAGGAUCUGGCGGAUGUGGUGCAGAUUGCAGUAGAAGACCUGAGUCACCAUCACCCAGUUGUACUGGAGAAUCAUGUAGUGACAGACGAAGAUGAACCAGCUUUGAAACGCCAACGAUUAGAGAUCAAUUGCCAGGACCCCUCUAUAAAGUCCUUCCUGUAUUCCAUUAACCAGACAAUAUGCUUGCGAUUGGAUAGUAUUGAAGCCAAGCUGCAAGCUCUUGAGGCUACUUGUAAAUCAUUAGAAGAAAAGCUGGAUCUGGUCACAAACAAGCAGCACAGUCCCAUCCAAGUCCCCAUGGUGGCGGGCUCCCCUCUCGGCGCAACACAGACGUGCAACAAAGUGCGAUGCGUCGUCCCCCAGACUACAGUAAUACUCAACAGUGAUCGGCAGAACGCCAUUGUAGCCAAGAUGGACGACCCCUUGAGCAACAGGGCACCGGAUUCCCUGGAAAAUAUCAUUAGCAACGCGGUUCCCGGGCGUCGGCAGAACACCAUUGUGGUGAAGGUACCCGGGCAAGAAGACAGCCACAAUGAGGAUGGGGAGAGUGGGUCCGAGGCCAGUGACUCCGUUUCCACCUGUGGACAGUCGGGAAGUCAGAACAUCGGAAACAACGUCACCCUCAUCACCCUGAACUCAGAAGAGGACUACCCCAAUGGCACCUGGCUGGGGGACGAGAACAACCCCGAGAUGCGGGUGCGCUGCGCCAUUAUCCCCUCCGACAUGCUGCAUAUCAGCACCAACUGCCGCACGGCAGAGAAGAUGGCGCUGACGCUGCUGGACUACCUCUUCCACCGGGAGGUGCAGGCCGUCUCCAACCUCUCGGGCCAGGGGAAGCAUGGCAAGAAACAGCUCGACCCCCUCACCAUCUAUGGGAUCCGGUGUCACCUCUUUUAUAAAUUUGGAAUCACGGAAUCUGACUGGUACCGAAUCAAACAGAGCAUCGACUCCAAAUGCCGGACAGCCUGGCGGCGGAAACAGCGAGGCCAGAGCCUGGCCGUCAAGAGCUUCUCUCGGAGAACACCAUCCUCCUCCUCUUACAGUGCAUCAGAGAGCCUGAUGAGCACGCCACCACCCGCCAGUGAGAUACCACAGCCCCAGCCGCAGGCCCUGCACUAUGCCCUGGCCAACGCCCAACAGGUCCAGAUCCACCAGAUUGGAGAGGAUGGACAGGUCCAAGUAAUCCCACAGGGUCACCUCCACAUCGCUCAGGUGCCUCAAGGGGAGCAGGUGCAGAUCACGCAGGACAGCGAGGGCAAUCUACAGAUACACCACGUGGGACAGGAUGGGCAGGUGCUUCAGGGGGCCCAGCUGAUAGCCGUGGCCUCCUCAGACCCCACUGCCACAGGCAUGGAUGGGUCACCUCUCCAGGGCAGUGACAUCCAGGUCCAGUACGUCCAGCUGGCGCCAGUGACUGACCACACUACGGCAGCUCAGGAUGUAAUCUGUUGCUCUCAGUACGCCCCGUCCAGCUGGCUCUCCGGGCAUUGACGGUGCCCAGGCUCCUGAUGGCUUCCCAGCCAUCUGAUGUAUCAAGAUGUUCCAGAAGCAUCUGGUAUUUUUCCUGCUCAGACUGGAAUCGGCUGUCUCUCCAAGGAAUCCUGGUCACUGUUAGAGGAAGAUGGUAUUUAGAAACCACGAUCUGGGUGCUGGGGGUGCUCCUGCUCCUGGUGUCCAGAUCCAGCCCUCCCAGUGACCAGAACAGGGCGUGAGUGUGAGCGUGAGUGUAUGUGCGUGUGUGUACAGAUAAAUGUGUGUAUGUGAGUCCACACUCACACAAAUGUACACACGCACAAAUGCAUUCACUCGCUCACACACUUUAUCCAUCUUUAUCUGCCAGUGAGUUUUCCCCAGUCAGCCACUGGCUGGCUUCCUUCCCUUGUCAAGCGAUCUGUGUUUUCACUUCAUCGAUGUACAGUAUUCUUCACUUGAUCCAGAGCAGGAUUCCAGGCCCGGAAGAAGCAUCUCCCUCAAGCGUGUAAUUUGAUGGAGGGAGCACUGGCUCACUGGGAAACCGGAUGAGCGGCAGAACUCACUUUGCCAUUGAGGCUCUCUGAACAGAUUUCUAGCCGUCGCUGUGCUCUUUAUAAGAGCAAAAGUUGAAAACCCUUCCUGUGCAUCGAUGAGAGAAUGGUUCCUUGACCCGUGGCUUGGGCGUCAGCCACCGAAUUCUUGACUCCUGACUGAGAGCCGGGUCGGAGGGCAGGGUGGUAGUUCUCCAGGGAAGCCUGUGGAGGUGAGAGGAGAGAAUGUUUUGGCAGAACAGCUUGGACUUGGCUCCAGGACAGUGCAGAAAGAGAGAACGCUCCGCCCUGUGUCCCUGGGGGGCCAGACUCCUUGUUUGCUGGGGUCAUGUUGGAGCCCCCAGCUUCACUCCAGAAGACACCCCUACCCCCUUGCUUGUGGCCUGGCAGUGCCUUCUGCUCACUGGACUUGCUGUAGAGCAGGGGUGGGGAACAUCUGGCCCACAGGCCAUAGAAGUCCCGAGAAAUCAUUUGGUCUGGCCCCAUGGUUGGCAAACCGCGGCUCGUGAGCCACAUGCGGCUCUU